AUGGCCCUAAACGUGACGAUUAUCGUUGCUGCAACGCGCUCCAAUCGGAUAGGUGUCUCGUCUCAAGGUCUCCCGUGGCGCUUGCCUCUCGAAAUGGCAUACUUUGCCCACGUCACUUCUGGGGCCCCGAAGGGAUCCAUCAACGCGGUCGUGAUGGGUCGAAAGACCUGGGAAUCUAUCCCAUCUAAAUUCCGACCACUAAAAAAUCGACUGAAUUUAGUGAUAACCAACCAACCAUCUUACGAUUUGUUGCGCCCGAAUGCUGGAAGCGUCAUCUUGGCGCACUCCCUGGAUGAGGCAUUGAAGAAAAUCGAUCCGAAUGCAUCAAAUCCCCAGCCAUUGCAACAGUCUUUAAAUCGCAUUUUCAUUAUUGGUGGCGCUACGAUCUACAAUCAGGCUCUCUCAUCAUCAUCCCUAACUCGUAUCCUCCUAACGCGCAUAACAGAGCCAGAUUUCGACGAUUGCGAUGUGUUUCUUCCUGAAUUCCGUAAUCAGACAGAGGCAAAUGGGGAAAGGAUCUGGACACAGAGCACACAUCAAGAUCUUGUCGACUGGGUGGGCUCAGACGUUCCAAAAGGGAGCCAACAGGAGAAGGACGUGGAGUAUGAGUUCCAGAUGUGGACGAGAUGA